GGUUUUGUUGUGAUUCCAUUUUCGUUCGGGUUGAUUGCGUGUAAAUACUUGUGCCGUGCGGUUAGAAAUUUAUAGUUUUAUUUGUGGGUUUGAUUCUAAUCCGUGCUGGCGUAUUAAAACUUUCAGCCGGGUUCGUUCUAGUUGUGGCAAGAGCAUUAGCAAUUCCGGUACAGCUUUUGCACAUCUGGUUCGAUUUAGUGUGUGAGGACAAAAUAUGUGAUGCAAAGACCGCACUCUCAAUUCAAAUGCAGUUUUGCCGGAAACCCUCGUGCUGCUCAAUGUAAAAGAUAUUUGAAACGACGUUUGAGUGAUGAGAUUUUAAGCUAGUGCUCGACAAUUCCGAUAAAUUUAGGAGGUGAUUUUUAAUCUAGUCUUUUCGAUGUAGUCCACGUGCUUGUGUGGUGGUUUGUUGGUGGAGCAUGCACAAUUGCUGUCCGGGUAGUUUGAGCGCGAAAAAACCCACUAAUAAUCAUACGGGAAUUCGAGCAGAAGAUUUACAGCCAAAACGAUGCACGUUUUCUUUCCUUUGACAGCACCGCUGUGCCGUGUUUGAUUAGCAUUAGAGAGUGUGCGGAAAGUGGACGAGCGUCGUCACGAUAAGAAGUGGGUGCGUGCGCUGUCGCAAAGAUGGUGAUGUUUUGUACCUUAGGUGGUCGAUGGGAGUGCUUCAACAAAGCACUGCAAUUGCAGGGAAAGUAAUCGUACUCCGGUUCAAAUCGGUGAUUCGAUGCGUGUGUGUAUAAUGGCUAGCAGCAAGUGGUGCAGUGGUGUUAUCGCACGAGCGCUCUCGUUUCCUUGAACCCGAUUCGGUGGUUAAAAAACAACUGUGCUCUAAAAUUGCAAGGCGUGGGCGCGGGGGGUGGGGUGCAAAUAAAAUCCCCCUCGGAAAACAUAACACUUCCAGGCAGAAGCAGGCCCUCCAAAGCAUGCUUUCCAGCAGUCGCUGUAGAACGGUUCCGAGCGUUCCGAUCCACCGCGUUGGAAGUGAAUCCAUCCGGUCUGUGGACAGCGUGAUGCCCAAGGACGAGAUUGGUGGACUGAACGGUGCAAAGGGCGCUUCGCUGGUCGCCAACAUCGGAAGUUAAUGCAUAGAUAAUACCAUCACCAUUCUGCUUGCUGCUGCAAUACUGCCUAGCUGCUAAACUUCAACUACUGCCCUGCAGCGGGAAACAGAACGACCCAUCAUCUUCUGCACACUGGCGCGCAUCCCGCUUGUUAAUACCCGCUGUUAACGUUUGCAUUCCGCACUGUUCGACGGUGUAGUAGUAGUGGUGGCCAAAUGAGUGUUCGACAGGGAGUAAACUUGGCUGCAAUUGUUGAAUGUGUAGUGAUCGACAGGAUCGCAUUGGAUGCAGAGUAGCGUGGUGCAGCCGUACCCCACCGAAAACGCUGACCAAGGUGUUGACCAAGGGCCGUGUUCGUGAGGAGAGCCGGUGGCAUAUACAGCAACCUUUUGGCCAAUGCAACCAACGCGAUCGGCAGUUCUAUUUCGGUGUUUAAUUCACCGGCCCGUUCUGUUCCUUUCUUUUGGAGUGGUUAAUUUGGAUUGUUUGCUUUAAGCCGCCUCAUUUCCGUAUCCCAUUUGUUGUUUGAGUUUGCCGAAAAGUUUAGUUACAGUUUACAAUUUAUUAUUGCAUUGCGUCGUUGUACUUUAAAAACUGUGCGUGUGUGUACUGGAGCAAGCCACCAUAAUCAACACACGCCGUAUUUGAUUUGGUUAUGCGCGGAUUGAGCCAUUUCUUUUGCCAUUAGGCACGCAACACGUCGCAUUUGUUCAUUAUUUGUGCUCGCAAUUGUUUUAAGUUUGUUGUGUUUGAAUGGGUAGAAACUCGCUUAGAAUGGAUGAGAAGGAAGUGAACUUUUUGCCGAAGCCGAAGAUACCGAAGGUGGGAUGCUUCCGUGCGGUCUGUGCGUACUGAAGGUUACUGGAGACACUAAGUGGGAUUAUGUGCGUUUUCUGAAGAAAAACAGAGGAAGUUCGGAAUAGUUUAGCAAAACAAAUUCGACAAUUCUGGAGAUACACGGUAUCUAUUUUCAAAUCGCCGAACAAAGGCAGUGCGCACAAGACGAAAACGGGGAUAACAUUACGGCAUUAACUUUGAAUAUCAGCGUGUAUAUCUGUGUGUGUAAAAUGGAAUCGGCACAUGUUCAUGUUCGCGACAAAGAUCGCAUCCCAGCCCGGUUGGUGCUGUACUUCCUGUCCUGGUCCGGGUUUCUGGUAUCGUUUGUAAUGCGCAACGAUAUCAACUUUGCCCUGGUGGCGAUGGUGCAGGAUCCGAGCGCGAACACAACCGGCAGCGAUCACUGUAACACGCUCGUGAACGAUAUGCCCUCCCUGGAGGAGGGCGACAACUACAACUACACACUGUCGAUGGCCAACGCUACCACCACCGUGCUGCUGGACGGGCCCGCGUCCAUCGACGACAUCAAGUUUGACUGGGACUCGACCGUGCAGGCCGUCAUCAAAUCGUCCUUCUACUGGUGCUACGUACUGUCGCAGGUGGUCGGAGGCGUUGCUACCCAGUACUUCGGCACGAAGAAUGUGUUCGGAUGGUCCCAGUUUCUGACGGCGGCCUGCAGCUUGCUGAUACCGCACGCGGCCGAUCUGCACUACGGUGCGGUGAUUCUGCUGCGCUCGGUGCAAGGCUUCGCCAGCGGGCUCACCUGGCCAGCCAUGUACGCGAUCGUGGGCUACUGGAUACCGCCGGUCGAGCGGAGCCGCUUCAUGAGCAGCUUCCAGGGCUUCAGCAUCGGCAUCGGGCUGACGUACCCGCUGUGCGGGUUCAUCAUUGCCCACUUCGGGUGGCGCCAGGUGUUCUACACGACUGGCACGAUCGGCAUGGUGUGGUGCGUGUUCUGGUACCUGCUGGCGUACAACACACCGCAGGAGCAUCCGCGCAUCACGCCCGAGGAGCUGGAGUACAUCGAGCUGAACGUUAGCGAGGACAUUAAGAAUGGGCAGGGCAUGCGGGUACCGUGGCGCCGCAUCUUCACCUCGAUGCCGGUGUGGGCCAUCGGGCUGACCACGUUCGGGCGCAUCUGGGUGCACUACACGUUCAUCAUGUCCGGGCCGGAGUACAUGCAGAAGAUCUUCUGCUUCGACAUCCAGCAGAACGGACUGCUGUCCGGUGCGCCAUUCCUCUGCUCCUAUCUGUCCUCCGUGCUGUUCUGCUACGUGGCGGAUCUGCUGAUGGACAACAAAACGCUGACGCUCACCAACGUACGCAAGCUGUUCACCGCCCUGUCCCAGAUCGUGCCCGGCGUGUUGGUGCUGCUGGUCGGGUACCUCGGCUACCAGAUCGUGACGGUGCUGAUACUGUGGUUCAUCGCGGUCACCUUCAUCACGGCGUCCUACGCCGGCGCAAUGGCCAACAUCGUCGAUAUUGCCCCGAACCUGGCCGGACCUGUGUUGGCUUUUGCUCAGACCAUUCACAUGACCGCUUCCUUCCUACAGCCGCUCGUGACCGGCUUCAUGGUGACUGAUUCGCAAAACAUCAACCAAUGGCUGCACGUGUUUGGCGUAUCGUCGGUGGUGGCCAUCAGUACGUACCUAAUUUACCAGGUGUUUGGCACGGCCGAGAUACAGUCGUGGAACUAUCCGGUGCCCGAUCCGGAGGUAACGUCUUCAGACGAUUCGGCCGUCAUCGCCAACCAGCCAAUGAUAAAGGUGGAACCAGGACUUAAGUUUGAUGACGACGAUGACGAGGACGAUGACGAUUGAGGAGCCAGCCUGCAUGCGGUCGCGGCGCAAUAGGAUAGGAAUAUCGUUCUUUCUGUGGCACUUCUGUGACAACAAUUAUUAACACUUAACGUACGUUUAGCCAAGUUACUUGUAUGGCAAAGUGAAGGAGUGAAGAAGGUGCAACAAAAAUUCCACUUAAAAUGUAAUUUAACUAGAAUUGGUACGCAGUGCAUGAGGGUGGGCGGGAGAUGUGUGUACCAUGCUGGAAGCAGAGAAACAUGUGAUUAAUUGAAUAAGCGACGAAGCGAACGGAUAAGAAAUCAACGUUGAACAGAUGGGUGUGAAAUGAAACAAGAAAUCAGGGAAAACAUAGAAUGUGGCAGUUGUACGUGUGUACGUGUAUGUGUGGAUGUGUGUUUGUAUGUGUAUGUGUGGCUGUUGAUGCAAAAGCAAGCAUCUCUCUGUAUGCAGGAAUGUACAGGAAAGCGUUAUCCAGAGGAUACUUGGAUGUAGUAAAACACAGACACACACACACCUACAUACAUACACAAGAAAGUUAAAUCUGGAAACCAAAAACAGAUUGGUUUAUCGUUAACAUAGAUGCAUAAUGAAGCGGGGGUACGUACAAUUAUAUCCUCUAUUUGAUAUAGAAUGAUUAAAGAUUCGAUACAAAAAAGAAGGUAAAGUAAGGGAUAAAAAUUUUAACGUCCGUUUAGAAUAUAACAUGCAAGCUGGAAAGGGAAACAAAUGUCAAAAACACGGACACACAAACCAAACACUCCGGCUACAUAUAUGAAAUCGGUAUACUCUCCUAAAGGAGAUUCGUUUCUUACAUUGCCAUUUGACGUAAUUGCAAAGGUGUUUUUUGUUUUGUUUCGUGUAUGAUUAAGUUGGACCCAUAUUGUUGUUUUCUUAUUUUCUGUGACUUAGUUUAACCGCAGGACUCACCACAGCAUAACACGGAGCGCAACAUUACAACUGACGGCUUCCAAACGCUCAACAAAACGCUUGCGGAAGGAGGUGAAGUAUUUCAUUACCUGUCGGUCAUCGCAGUAGGUUGGUAGCUUUUCUACGAGCAAUGAGCGUCCUACUAAGGACAUUCAAAACAUGUUACCAGCAAAGAAGCGUUUUCUGAAGCGUUUGGCAGCUGUCAGUUGUUAUGUUGCGCUCCGUGUUAUGCUGUGUGGAGUCCUGUGGUAAUGGUUAGUUUCCUCUACUUCGAUUGCGUAUCGGUUGUUUCGGUUAGGCUUAGUAUAUGCUUUUUUCAGCAACCAGACAGCAUUAUACAAUACUUUAGUUUAGUUUAGCGGUGUGUACACAUAUUACGGACAUAUUAUGGGCGUAAACAGUUAUAAGAAUUAGGAUUAAUCGUUUAGAAUUGUUAUCACACCCGCUGGGCCAUGCAAUCGUCGUCUUAUUGUUGCAUUCGUUGCACGGACAAUAAGCACCUAUGCGGUUCCAUUAAAUCGAAGCCAAUUGUGGGAAAACGAAAAAAACAAAUCGCAUCUACAUAUAUAUAAACUUUUUCAAUAUCUGGCGCUCCCCUUUCCCUCUCCCGGGAUUAACUCUGUUAAACUACACGUGCCUAUAUGAAAAACGAAAAAAAUAAUGGAAUUUCUUUCGUGCAGAAACACACUGCAAAGGAUACUUUUCAUCCCGAAUAGAAAUGUUCUUCGAUUUCCAUAGAGAGGGAGUGAAUGAUAAUAGAUUUAAUAAUAAAACAGUGAGGCAAAAACCCUCCUAAUGCGGCAACAUGCAUUGAACUUUCCGUGCAAAAUUUAAGAAUCUUACAAAUGGGCCCGAGCGUAGUAAGCGUUGAAAUGUAACCAUUCUGCCGUUUCUGUUUAUGACUUACCACCAACCAUACCAACACGAUGCAACACUGAAGAACGCGUUAUAUUCGUAGUAGUGUGCGUAGAGCAGGGCAAAUACUUACCGACUCACCGAUUGUUCAUUGGUGGUAUGGUGGUGUGUGUGUGUUGCUGAUGCUGUUGGUACCAUUUGUGAUCUCAGUCGAAUGUUUCAAUCAAUUUCAACCACUAAAUCGCAAACACACACACGCAUCCUUCGGAACGUCUUACUACCAUUACCUAACUUACCUUAUGAAUAAUAGCAAUAGUUUAGAGUUAUUGAAUCAUUGUCGUUGAAUGGAAUCCCAUUUACCCACAAACUGUACGAACGAAACAUUGUAGCAACGCCGACCAGGCUAGAGUGGUACACGAAAUUCAAACAUACAAACAAACAAACAAACAUAGAAAAAAUAUAUAUCGAAUCAAUCAAUGAACCACAGAA